AUGAUAGGCUUGUUCAAGUGCCCAUUGCCAUGGCAUCCACAAAAAGAAGAGGAGAGAAACGUGAGCGAGGAGGAGGAGCUGAUGGACGAGCUGACCGACCUCGAGGACGAGGGCGAGGCUGGGGCCCUCGCCGCGGGCCGGCGGCUGCAGCGGUCCCGGUGCGGGAGGCCGGCGAAGCAAGACGGUCCCUUUUCGUUGAUUCUUGCCCCACGCGCUGCAGGCGACGGUGCCGCUUCCGAUGCUGGCUCCGGGCAUGGCCCCGAGGCUGGCUCCCAUGCCGGCCCCAGGGCGCUCGACGACAUCGAGGCGCCGCCCGCCGCGGCGAACCCGUCGUCGGGAGGCUCCCGACCUCGCGCCGCCGUCAGCAGCGCGACGACGACUACGAGCUGCACGGCGACACCGGGGAGCGCGACGACGGGCACGUGGCCGUGCAGCACGACGACGCGUUCGACCAGUGCGGCGAGCACCGCGAGCACCGCGCCGCCGGCAAUGCGUGUAUGGCGCUUCGCACGCCGCGGCGCCCCUGGCAGCCCUGGAGCCGGAAGCCGUCCAGCAAGUGCCGCCUCGGCUGGGGGCUAG